AUGCAAACCAACAAGGAUAUUGCUAAUCCAUUUGAUUCAGUCACCUGCAGCAUCCCAACUACUGCUACAAGGAGUCCAUUUCUUGAUGAAGGCACAGUUAACCCACCUCAUGUCCAAAAAGUUAUUGUUGAACGUUUAAUUCGCAGUGACUCCACACCGUCUAGCUACAGUCAAAGCAGGAUCCGUACAUACUCAGGGCGGCUGCCAAAAUCAAAUGGAGAAGUUGAUUAUGAUUCCUGGCAUACUCAGGUAGACCUACUUCUUAAGGACGUGUCUGUCUCUGAUUCACAGAAAGUAAGGAGAAUAUUGGAGAGCCUCCUCAGCCCAGCAGCGGACAUUGUUAAGCCACUUGGGACGGGUGCAACCCCUCAAGCUUACCUCACCCAGCUCGACUCAGCAUUUGGAGUGGUCGAAGAUGGAGAGGAGCUAUUUGCUACCUUCCUGGGCUCUAACCAAAACUCAGGUGAAAAACCCUCUGUCUAUUUGGGCCGUCUCCAGACUCUCCUCACCAAAGCCGUAACCAGAGGGGGAGUUUCAGCUGCAGAGUCUGACAAGUACUUACUCCGGCAGUUCUGUAGGGGAUGCUGGGACCAGAGUCUGAUCAUUGGCCUGCAGCUCGAACACAGGAAACCCAAUCCCCCCUCAUUCCCAGAAUUGUUGUUGCUUUUGAGAACGGAGGAGGAUAGGAGAGCAGCAAAGAUGGAUCGCAUGAGAAAGCACCUUGGAAGCACGAAAGCUGCUGUACAUGUUCAUUCAGUUAUGAGCAUGCCAGUAUUCGAACCUGAAGCUGCCCCCACUACAACAAAGAAACACGAGACAGAUUAUAAACUAGAAAAGGAAGUUGCAGAGUUGAGGAUACAGGUUGCAAAGCUAAUACAGCAAGGAAAGAAAGGAGAAAGGCAUGAGGGAGUGCAGAGCCGUCCAGCACAAAGUGAACUGCAUGCUAAGACUGAAAGUUUACUCGCGCAAGUUUCCAAUAGAGACUCAAACCCCCUAUCUAUGACACCACCUAAGCCCUGGUUCUGUUUUAAAUGUGGGGGUGAUGGCCACAUCGCUGCAAAGUGCACUUUUGAACCCAAUCUGGGCCUUGUCCGGAAAAAGAAUGCAGAGCUCAAAGAAAAAUGA